AUGACAUAUACUGUUAUAUAUGCAAAGGCAGUGAACGGCUUCAAAGCAAUCGUUUAUACCCGAGGCAACUGUUAUCCCAGCUGUCUUCCGUUGCGUUACUCUAUGGAUGCACCAUCUACAACUAAUUUUAGUAACAGAGGCCAUACAACUUCCGAUAUUGAACUUGAACAGGCUAUACAAAACUCCAUUGUUGAUAAAAAUAUAGAAAUAGACUUCCCAUCAGAUAUUGAGAAAAGGAAAUAUCUUCGUAAUCAAGAGAAACAUGCAUAUAGACCUACUGAUAUUGAUCCUGAACAGACGUCAAUAUUGUUAUUCCCUGGCCAAGGCAGCCAGUUUGUUGGCAUGGGCAAGAAACUUUUGGCCUAUCCAGGUGUUGAGAAUUUAUACAACAAAGCCAGUGAGAUACUGGGAUACGACUUGCUAAGUGUUUGCAUAGGUGGACCUAGUGAGUUGUUAAAUAAAACAAUAUAUUGUCAACCGGCAGUUGUUGUUACAUCGCUUGCAGCUGUUGAAAGAUUAAAAGAAGAAUAUCCUAAGGCAAUGGAAAGAUGUGUUGCAGUAGCAGGUUUCAGUGUUGGAGAAUUAACUGCCCUUAUAGCAAGUGAAAUGAUUAGUUUUGAAGAUGGUAUUCAAAUGAUAAAAUUGAGGGCUAAAGCAAUGCAGUAUGCAUCAGAGACAGUCUCAAGUGGUAUGUUGACUGUGUUCUGUGAUCAUCAAACUAAACUUCGUUCAGCGAUGGUGGCAGCCAGGGAGUACUGUAGAGCACGUAUGGAUAUAGAGGAACCUGUGUGUAAGGUUGCAAACUACCUGUGUACUGAUGUCAAAGUGGUCGCUGGUCAUGAAGAGGCAUUGGAUUUUCUGCAGCAGUAUGGAAAAGAAUGGGGCAUUUGCAGGACUAAGAGGUUACCAGUCUCCGGAGCAUUCCACACCAAUCUGAUGUAUGGUGGCCGACCGUUCUGGAAAUACUGGGAUGCCUGGGAUAAAGUUACACUGAAAGAACCAAAAUACAGAAUCCACUCAAACCUGGAUGGCAAGCAAUACCGGUAUGAAGAAGGUCAAGAUUCACUAAAAUACAUAUUAAGGAAGCAGAUGAUGAGACCUGUUGCUUGGGAACAGUUAAUGCAUAUACUGUAUACUCGGAAACAGGGAUCAAAUUUUCCAAAGACAUUUGAAGUCGGGCCAGGUAGACAGCUUGGGUACUUACUGCAAAAAACUAAUUCAAAGGCUUUUGAAAAUUAUAAAAAUAUAGAAUGUUGAAAUAAACAUUCAUAUAGGUCUUUGUGAUUAG